AUGCAAAACCAAUUUAAUAAUCAACAACAAUACCAUAUGUAUAUGCAACAACAACAACAACAACAACAACAACAACAACAACAACAACAACAACAACAACAACAACAACAACAACAACAACAACAACAACAAAAUGGAUAUAAUAACAAUAAUAAUAAUAUGAUGGGAGGGGGUGGACAAAAUUUUUAUAAUCAAAUGGGUAGUAAUAAUAGUAAUAAUAAUAAUAAUAAUAAUAUGAUGAUGGGAGGGGGUGGACAAAAUUUUUAUAACCAAAUGAUGUAUAACCAACAAAUGCAACAACAAAAUCCAAAUUUUUAUAACCAAAUGAUGUAUAACCAACAAAUGGGUGGUAAUUUCAAUCCACAACAAAUGAUGGGUAAUAAUAAUAAUAAUAUGAUGAUGGGUGGAUUUGGCUCAUUCAUUUCACCAAAUCAACAACAACAACAACCAUCCCCACAAGCUUCAAAGGAAAAAGAGAAUCCAUUAUUACAAUAUUUCCCAGAAUUGGCAUUAAAACAACAACAAUCACCACAACAACCCCAAUUUUCAAAUGGAGUAUUACAACCAACAACUAGUAAUAAUCCACCAGUUGUUUUACCAGGUGGUAAAAGAAAUUAUGAUAUCUUAAAGGAUAUGAUAGAAGAGGAUAUAAAACCAUUAUCUGUUGAAAAAGAGAAAUCAAGUUUGAGUGUUGAAAAAAAUAAUUAUGAUCACGUGAUAUCACCAAAUACUUCCUCACCCCAAUCAUCAUCAUCAUUACCACAAAAUCAACAACCACAACCACAACCUAAUUCAUUCGAUGGAAUGCUUCAACAACAAAAUCAACAAAGACAACAAAACCAACCCUUUCCACACCAACAUCCACAACACCCUCAACAACAAUAUCCACAACAACAUCCACAACAACAUCCACAACAACAUCCACAACAACAUCCACAACAACAUCCACAACAAGGUUUUAAUUACCCAGUGGGUCAAAAUAAUAUGCAAUACCUUCAACAACCACAGCAACAGGGAUUCAAUUACCCAGCAGCAGCGGUUCAAAAUAAUAUGCAAUUUUCUCAACCACAGUUUAAUACAACUAGUAAUAGUAAUGAUGAUGAUUUUGGUGAUUUUGAAUCAGGUUCACAGGAUUUUACAUCUGCAUCUCAACAAAUGCAGCAACCACAACUACAGCAACCACAGCAACAACCACAAUCACAGCAUAACUUUAAUUUUGGAUUACCAUUUAGUAGUGAAUCAACAACAUCAUCCGGAAGUGUUGGUAAAUCUUCAAUUUCUAACCAACAACCAGCAUCACUAUCUGGUGGUUCAAUUGAUAAAAGUAAUAUUCAUCAACAACAACAACCAUCAAUUACUAAUGAAACAACACCAACACCAACACCAACACCAGCACCAAUACCAACACCAACACCAGCACCAACACCAGCACCACAACAAGAUGACACACCAAUUGAUUUAGAAAAAAUGAUGAGAGAAUCGAAAAGAUUAGCAGGUAUUGUUAAACCUGAAGUUUUACAAACUCAAUCACCACCAUCAACUACUGCACCAAUAAACACUAAAUCUAAAUAUGAUUGGUCAAGUGGAAACUAUAGCAACAUUUUCGACACUGUAAAUAAAGAAGUUGAUUUCUUCUCUGCCCCAACAAUGGAAUCAACACCACCACCACAAAUAAUUAAACCCACAUCAACAACCACUACUGAUUUACCAAUUGGUUCUUCUGAUAAAUUACCAGCAACCACAACAACAACAACAACAGCAACAGCGACAGCAACAGCAAAAACAGAUGACGAUGAUUUUGGUGAUUUUAAUACAUCAUCAUCAUCUUUCCCAACAACAGCAACAGCAACAACUCAAAAGAAUGAUGAUGAUUUUAAUACAUCAUCUUUCCCAACAACAGCAGCAACAACAACUCAAAAGAAUGAUGAUGAUUUUGGCGAUUUUAAUACUUCACCAUCAUCUUUCCCAACAACAACAACAACAACAACAACAACAACAACAACAAAAACAGAUGAUGAUUUUGGCGAUUUUAAUACAUCAUCACCAUUCCCAUCAACAUUAACCGACAAUAAUAAUAAUAAUAAUAAUAAUAAUAAUAAUAAUAAUAAUAAUAAUAAUAAUAAUAAUAAUAAUAAUAAUAAUAAUAAUAAUAAUAAUAAUAAUAAUAAUAACAAUAGUAAUAUUAUAGCUCCAAAUGCAGGUUCUGUAAAGAAUGAAUUGAAUUUAAGUACGCAAUUUAACGAUGCAACAAAACAAGUUUUUGGAGGAAUUAAUAAUAACAACAACAACAAUAAUAGUAGUAGUAUUUCGAAUGUAGUAAGUGGAGGUAGUCGUAAUAAUAUAGAAUUGUUUGAAAGUGAUACAUUUUCACCACCAAUUAAUCAAGUUAAUACUAUUGAAUUAGUACCUUCUAUCGGAUCAAUUACACCAUCAACUCAACCUCCAUCAUUAAAUAAUUCAACCACUUUUAUUUCACCACCAUCUUCUAAUAAUUCACCAUUACCAAUUAGAAAGAAUAGUAAUGGUAGUAAUAAUAGUACUAAUAAUAAUAAUAGUAACAAUAUAAUACUACCAUCACCAACUGGUAGUAGAUCAAAAUUACCACCAAUUAUUGCACCUGCAAUAACUUCAACAGCAAAUCCUAAAUCAUCAUUAUCAUCAACCUUUAAAAAUAGUUCACUAAAUACUUUAGCUUCAAAACAACAACAACAACAACCAAUAAGUUCACUAACAGAUUUUUCAUUUGAUGAAAUUUUACUUCCAACAUCAUCAUCAUCAGCAACAAAAGAUACAACAACAACAACUAUCAAACCAAUUGCAACUAAAGAUGAUAAUGAUAGUUUUGGUGAUUUUACAGAUUUCCCUUCACAACCACCACCAUCAUCAUCAUCUUUUACUUCAACAUUUAAUGAUUUCCCAACUUUAACACCAAUUAGUAGUAAUUCAACUAAAAUUAAAAAUAUUAAUAAUAAUAAUAAUAACAAUAUAAAUACAAAUAAUGCAGGACAAGGAUUAUUAGAUGAUAUUUAUAAAUCAUUAAUUGAAGAUGAAAGAUUAAUUGAAGCAUUGGAAUGUCAAAAAUAUAUGAAAGAAGGUACAGAUUUAAAUGAUGAGAAAUUGAAUCAAAUGAUUAUGAAAUGGACAGGUAAAGACUUUUUAAAAUAUCAUUAUCAUAUUAAUCAUAUGAUUAAAUUAUUACAAUCUAAAAAUAUAUCAAAAGAAAAGAUUGAUUCAUUCUUUAAUCAAUUCCAAUAUCAAUCAUUAGUAACACUAGCAAAAAAAGAUUUAUUAUUAGCAAUUGAAUUACAAAAUAAAUCUAAAAAUUUCACUCAAAAUUUAUUAUUAAAUGAAAAGAAAGAACAAAUUAAAAUGAUAUUAAGUAAUACAGAUCCAAAUAGUAAUAAUGAUAAUAAUCAAUUUUCAACAUCAAAUUUAUUAUUUGACAUUGAUUCAAAUAAUAGUGGUAGUAAGAAUAAAUCAACAGUACAACCAAUUUUAAUGACUCAAUAUCAAGUUGAAAUCACUUCAAUUACAUUACAACAUUGUUUAGAUGAAUUAGAGCAAUCUUUAGAUGUAUUAAUAACUAUAAAGAAUCAAAUUGUAAAUGAUAUACCAUUAGGAAAAAGAGUGAAGGAAUCACAAAAGUAUAAAGAAUUUUUAUCAUCAUUAUCUGAAAUCUAUUCAAUAGCAUAUCAAGUUAAUCAUACAAUUCAAAGUUCAAUAAGAAAUGAUAAUAAUAACAAUACAGCAUUAACAUUUAAAAAAUUAAAUAAUAUUUGGAAUUCUAUAAUACCAUAUUUCCAAGAGAUUCAACUUUCAUAUUAUGAUGGUAUGAAAUCAUGUAAUACAACUCCAAUCUCUGUUAAUCAAAAAUCUUGUUACAUUUGUGGUACCAUUUUAGAUAAUUUCAUUGACAAUAUAACUCAACAUAACAACCAUUUCUAUCAUAUGAAAUGUGCUAAUUUUUGGGCAAAUAUUAUAAAUGUUAAUUUACCACUUUAA